UCUCGGCGUCUCUCUGCGAUGCGCCCACGCUGGCAGACGUCUCGCGGCGUCGAGCCCUCGACGGAGGAGGCUGCGCUGGGACGGGAGGCCGUCUCGCUCACUCGCUCGCCGCGUGUCUCGGGCUGCUGCGUGGCGGAGUCCACAGUUGUACUGUACUUGUGCGCUCUCGCGUCUGCGCUCGUACGCCUCCCCCAGCCGCACUGGCCAGCGCGUGGCGAAGUACUGUAUGUCUAAAUAACUCCCACGUGGCCCGCGCGGCGUGGGAAGGCCCUCGGCCGGCAGUGCUGGAUGGGUGUGGACGUUUGCAUCAGCUUGGGAGUGCAGCGUGACCGCUGUGAGUGCGAAGAGGCAUCAGCAUGGAGGCGCUUCCUGAGCUCUACUCCAUCAUUCAGGGAGAGGUCGCUUCCGUCAGGGAGUAUGGAGCAUUUGUGAAACUACCAGGACUCAGAAAACAUGGCCUGGUGCACGUGUCCCACAUGUGCAGCACCCGCGUGGAAAACCCGGCGGAGGUUGUGGACGUUGGGGAAAAGGUCUGGUGCAAGGUUAUCUCGCUGGAGGAUAAAGAUGAUGGAAAGGGGAUGAAAAUCGCCCUGUCGAUGAAGGUGGUGAACCAGGGCACUGGGAAGGAUCUGGAUCCAUCCAACUUGGGGUUAGAGCAGGAUGAGAGGAGAAAGAGGAAGUUCCGAGACUUCUCUGCCGACCGUAUACAGCUGGGAGCCGUGCUCAGCACCACGUGCACCAAGUGUGGCUGCAAAGGUCACUUCGCCAAGGACUGCUUCUCGGUGCCCGGCGGCACAAAGUACGACCUGAUCCCCGACGACGUGGGGGACGUCAGGGCCACGAGCGCCAAGCCCGUUAGCGUGCCGCGUGGAGUCCCGCUCGACAGCGCCAAUGCCAUGCCCAUCAGCAACCCGAGAAAAGCGCCGGCCGCAACCCCAAGCCUGGCGCCGGGGCCCAUCAAGAAGAGAAAGAAGGAUAAGGAUAAGAAACUGAAAAAGAAGAAAAAGAAGAGGUCCAAGGAGACUUCCUCCUCCUCCUCCUCAUCGUCCUCGUCAUCGUCGUCGGAGGACGACAGCGACUCCGACCAGGAUGAGCGCAGGCACAAACGCAAAAAACGCAAAGUGGAAAAGAAAAAGAAGAAGUCUCACAAGAAGAAACACUCAAAGGAGAGGGCCGACAAGAGUGGACGCAAACGGCGAUCGUCCCGUAAAUGAGCCCGCUCGCUCGCACCGCGUUUUUCUGGUUUUUACUUCGCCCUUAUAAAUAACGUUCGGUCCCCACUGUCAGUCCGCCACUGGGUGAAGGCCCUCCCCCACGCCGUGUCCCCUGCCUGCCGUGGGGGUUGUUUGAUCGCGGCCACUUCGCGUUAUCCGCGCGCGGGGGCUAAGAAUUGACAAACGCAGGGACUAAGAAUUGAGAUGCGGGGGGGGGGGGUCUAAGCCCGUCACCGACCCACAGGCGUGUGUGACGUCCCCCACGGAGCGUGUCCAGGGAACGGGCAGGACGGCGUGGUCGUAGCGAACCGUCGCUGCGCCGGUUUGGCGAGGCGCGUUGCGAGUCACAUUGAGUCCGAGUUGAGCGGCGGCAGCAGCAGCAGCGAGCAUUACGUCACGAAAAUCUCUUCCCAGAUUGACUUCUUCACCACAUUACGCCCACACGUCCGCAUGCUUUUAAACCGAAACGUUUCUGGGAUUUUUUCGUGAUAUUAAUCUCGGCGUCAUUCCAGACUUUGUGUGCAGACGCGCAACAUUAACAUUUGCGCGAUUGGAAUUAUAAGUACAGCACAAAGCAAAAGCAUUAUGUAAACUCUCAUCUUUUUUUUGUUUAAUAGUGCUAUUAAGUAUGGAACAUUUUUCAUUUUGAUGUUGCGCCAUAUGGAAGGCCAAGCCUAAUGUGCAAGCCCGUUUCCUCUGGGUUUAACUGUGGAAUCUUAAUUAGAAUACUCCCUAUAGAUGUGAGAGCGCUGCGGAGGGCAAACUACACUUUUACAAAAAUGAAAAAUGCAGACACGCGAUCCAUAACGAAACGGUGAUAUGUAAUAAAAUGCUUUUGUGUAUAUUGUGCAUUGUCCAAACCUUACAUCACGGGUCUGUGGAAUGCGCAUUAUGCAUAUUUAAUGCAUCGUUUAUUAAAACCGAGUUAUUGUUUAUCUUUGGAGGGGGGGGGGGUGAUAAAAUACAAGCAAACGCCGAAAUUUCCACUUUGACAAAAGAACAACCCUGCAGCAGCGCCAAUUAAUGACCGUUCAGAGUCACGUUCUAUUGAACGCCGUCCAGGCCACGAGAAUUUUGGUCACAAGUCAAGCGAGCGAUUGCGUGGAUAUGUAAAUGCAUUGAAGUGCGUUGCGCUGAGGGCGGCGUUAAACAGCGGCGCAUUGUGCCACGGUGGCCCUGCCGCGGGCUUUAAUCGGCGAUAAUGUGCUGCUGAAGCUUGAAACAACAAUGGUUGUGAUAAAGCGGAAUUCUACAUCGGAGGUGUCGUUAAUACCACAUCAAUUAUCCCAGUGUGUGUGUGCGAGUGUGGAUGCACGCUCGUUGGUAUUUUCGGUACACUGGGCAGAUUUUGAGCUCGCUGGGACAAUGGUCCCCGGCCCACCCAACAACAACAACCACGUCGCUCACUAGAUUUCUUUAACACAAUCACACAACCCUGAACAAAUAAAUAAAAAAUACAACCCUUAACCGUCUUUAUCAGUCCUCAUCUAUCCACUGCAUGAUAUUUUGACAAAUUAGGUAUUUACGUAAUUUGCAGUUAAUUUUGAAAUUUCGUAAAUUUGGACCGUGACACCUGGCACACGUGGCCUACCAAUGUUCCAAAUAAAAUCGCCGGAUGUUUUAACGGCGACUCUGACA